AUGGGUGCAGAGAUUACCGUUGCCGAUGGCUAUAUUCGUGCUAAGGCCGAUCGCUUGAAAGGUGCCAUUAUCGUGAUGGAAACUGUCACGGUAACGGGAACAGAGAACCUAUUGAUGGCGGCGGUGUUGGCAGAUGGCGUGACCACCUUGGAAAAUGCUGCACGUGAACCUGAGGUGGUGGAUUUAGCCAAUUGUUUGGUUCAAAUGGGAGCAAAAAUCAGCGGUGCGGGAACACAUACCAUUAUCGUUGAAGGUGUUGAUAAAUUAAAGGGUAUUUCCUACUCGGUACUGCCAGAUCGUAUUGAAACCGGCACCUAUCUUGCGGCGGCGGCGAUAACGGGUGGUCAUAUUAAAUGUUUGAAUGCUGCUCCCAGAACUUUGGAUGCGGUAUUGCAAAAAUUUAGAGAUGCGGGUGCCAAGGUUGAAAUUGGUGAUGAUUGGAUCGAACUAGACAUGCGCGGCCGUACUUUGAAAGCAGUUGAUAUUCGUACCGAAGCGCACCCUGGUUUUCCCACUGAUAUGCAAGCACAGUUUGUAGCGAUGAAUACGCUAUCACAGGGUAUCGCUGUGGUGGUUGAGAAUAUCUUUGAGAAUCGCAUGAUGCAUGUGGCAGAGCUGAUGCGUAUGG